AAUGCGCACUCGAAAGCGCAGAACUUUUCGUUGUACAACAUGAAGUGUGUGGUAAUACUUUUGAUUGUAUCCCUGGGAUUACUGGCCCUGGCUCAUGCGGAUUCGGGCAAGACAAGGUGCCCACGAGCUUGUACCAGGGAUUAUAGGCCUGUUUGUGCCGAAUUGCGCAGGGGUAUAAUACGACCCAUUAUAAGCCGUUGCACUUUCUCCAACAGGUGCGGACUUGACAACCAAAGAUGCAGGACCAAUCAAAAUUGGGUGAUCGUCGAUGAGAGGCGCAAGUGCUGGCGCGAAUCCCCCGAUUGCGAUGAGCUGCGAAAGCAAGCUGAACUUUAAAAACAUUUUUGCCUUAAUAAACCAUAACUUUCCCGCUCAUA